CUAGUAUGGAGAUGAUUUUUUAUACGGUUUGGUAGCAAGGCGCCCGUUUUGACAUAAAUGAGCUAAAAAAUGUGUUCAUCUCGCGUAAAGUUUCUUCGCGAAUAAUUUAAUUAGAUUAAAGUUAGAAAACUUGUUCUGCCUUAAGAAUGAGGGCGUAAAAUUAAAAAAGUACGUAGAGAAAAACAGAAAGGACACUGAAGACUUUUUAUAAGCUUAUUGUGGAUUGUGUGUUACAGAUUUUUUCUUAGAUUCGUAUGUACUACAUACAUAUAUGUAUGUACAUAUGUACAUACAUACAUAUGUAUAUGCAAUGAAAAUAAGUGUGUGAAAAUUGUCAAAAUGUUUUCAAUCAAAAGUAUGUGAGAAUUUUUCAAAUUCCUACGGAUUACAAUGGUGAAACUUAGUGAAUCAUGAAUUACAAUAUUAUAAGAUGAAAAUGGCUACAAUAACAUGUACACUUGCAUACAUAUAAGUGGAGAGAUGUAUGUAUAUGUACAAUCACAUACAUACAUACAUACCUAAAUAAAUAAGUGCAUGACAACAACGUCCUUCAAGCCCCACGCAGUCAGAUGGACUUAAUUGCUGUAAGUAUGGUUUGAUUAUAGCGUGAUAUGACAACAUGGAGACGAACCAAUAUUACUGCCGAGGUGGAAUGCAACCGACUUCAUCGCCAUCGCCCAUUUCCCAAACCCCUACAAACAAGAUGAGCUAUGGAAAUAAUGCUGGCCAGGAUUACUUGGCCUGUGGCACAAAUCAACCAGAAACGGGUUUCACUCCAAGGGAUAUGACACCACUGAAUGGAGGCGGCAGCGUCGGGAGUGGCAACAAGGCUUUUGUUGGCAACCACAAUGCUGCAGGAAGUCCAUAUGUUUAUCCCAACUGCAAUAACAGUGCUCAAUGUGCAAGCAAUACGAAUAAUGCUGGAAAUUAUAUCAACAUAAUGACUGUUCCAUUGGGAACAUUGCAGUAUAAUCGAAAGAAGACAACAACCCAAGACUACCAAUCACGCCUAUAUUAUAAUACAACGGAUGUCAAGUGUCGGGACGAUUAUUAUUUGGGGAAGCGCAUCAACAAUGACAGCCCAGGCCCAUCGCAACAGCAGCAGCAACAACAACUUCAGCAGCAACAACUUCAGCAGCAACAACUUCAGCAGCAACAACAGCAGCAGCAACAGUUUCAACAACAGCAGCAACAAUUUCAGCAACAGCAGCAACAGCUUCAACAGCAGCAUCAACAACUUCAACAGCAGCAGCAACACCAGUUGCAACACAUCAAUCAUAACCAUCAGUUGCAACACGCUCAGCAAUCAACCGCCUGUAGCCCCAGCUCAGUGCUGGAGACACUCGACGAUGGCUCCGAGUGUCCCAUGUAUUCGAAUGCGGCUGCAGCAGUUGGUCGCGUGGUGGCCGCCACUCAAACGCAUCUCAACAAUGCGAACGUGGUGACCUGUGAGCAAACGCCAGUGUCGCUCGUUCCCGUCAAUGUGCCUGUUCCACCUGUGAUGUACACGGUGCAUCGUGUGGUGACCACCGCUCAGAUUCAGACAGCGGUCGGCAGCACCUUUGCCUCGUCGGCCAGUGUGUCGAGUGUCGUGAGUGCCGCCGGCCGCAAUGAUAACGAUAACUGCAUGACCUCGUCACAAGUCACAUCGGCCAUGUCGAUGUCAGCCAACGAUCCGCAGUGUCACAGUGGGAGUCUUCAUAUAUCAGAAAUCAGCGGAAAUAUCAUGAACAAUGCCAAUGCACUUGGCCCACUGACUGGAGUGCGAAGUCCUUCCGGUGCUUUGACAAAUCUGUUGCCAGUUCAGCAGAACUGCAGCAGCAAUGCCAACAGCAGCGAGGCUCAACAGAAUCCUGCGAUAUCGAAACGAGUGCUUGGCGGCAACCCACCAUCAUCAUCAUCAUCCACCACAUACUCAAGUGCCGGCAAACCCAACUCUCUGGUAGCUCGCACUCUGCAGAAUGUAAUUCCAACAUGCGUAUACUUAAUGUCGCGAGUGGCCGUGCACAUGGAGAUCGAGGGCACGGCUCAAUGUCCCUCGCAAGUAAUGCUUGCCGCUGCCUUGGGCUGCGAGGAGCUGGGCAUCUCAAACAAGUUGCUGGCGCAAAGCAUCUUCGGCUUGUGGAUGACCAGUGGCUUGCUGGAGAUGCAGCUGAAGGCCCAUCACUGCCCCUAUAUUGUGCGUGUGGCGUGGUCGAGUCUGUUGGAGAAGUUUAGCAGUAGCAAUCCAAUCGAACGCAAGUAUGACGAGCCCAUGAUUGUUCUCAAGCGCAAUGUGUUCUUCUCCAAGCGCGACGAGGAGAAAAUCAAGGAUCAUCGAAUUGUGGAGCUGCUUUACGAGGAGGCAAAGCAUUAUGUGUUGACCGGCAGAUAUAUUAUGGAACCUGUGCAUUCGCUUAUGCUGGGCGGCAUUCAAGCUAGAAUUGAACUUGGACCCUACAAUUCCCAUACGCAUACUGUGGGAUUCUUCAGAGAGAACCAGUCACGAUUUCUGCCAAAACAUGUGGCGAAGAGCUCCAAUUGGCUGUGGUUGCCCAUUAGCCAGAAGAAUUCAGCAGAAAUUAAGCUUCUGGAGCAGUUCAAGCGAGUGCCGCAAACAGCCACAACUCGGAAACUAAUGCGAAAGUACUUGGAAUUCUGCUGGGCGCUGCCAUUCUAUGGCGCUGCGUUCUUUCAUGGACAAAUGGAACAACCUGUUAGGGGAAUUAUGUCGUUGGUUAACCAUAAGGAUAUGGAGGUCUUGAUUGCGGUGAACGAGAGAGGAGUUUUUAUAAUAGACUGCUAUGAACACACACUUUUAUUGGGACUCCGAUAUGAAGAUAUGUCAUGGGACUAUGCAAAGCCAAGUGCUAGUGAUGAUCCCGAGUGUCUUACAUGCAUAUUCCUGCAGUUUGAUGCUGUGGAAAAUGGAAUACAAAUAUCGAAACUAGUACAAGUUUUCUCCAAGCAAGCGGCUAUGAUUGAUGCGCUUAUAUUGCAUUUCACGGAACAGAUUCGAAAACGGAAACAGGAAGGAAAUUCAGCAGAGCACUUUCACGACGAACCAAAUCCUAUUCAAAAUAAUGGCAAUGGAGUAUUAUGCAAUAAGCUGUCGCGUUUGACAUUAGCCAGCUUUGACGAAGAAGGCCGCUGUAUUGGGCAAAUGGGAUCAUUAUCUAUAAGCUAUUAACAAUUGUUAUAUAUAUAAAAUUCAUAUGAAUGAAAUUGUUUAAAUUAAGAAUUAUGAUCAUUAUAAAAGAACUACACAUAUAGACACAUGUAUGUAUAGUAAAGUAAAAGAUAGCUUAUUGUACAUAGACUCUUGUAUAUACGUAUAAUAUCUAGAGUGUUCAUGGAUGGACCGAUUACAAGACAAGAUUCAACUGGUGCAUGGCCAAAAAACCAAAGCAAACCAAAACCAAACCAAACGAAAGUAAUGCAAAGAAUACCACAAACAAAACAAGAAAUGAAUGAUAUGAGAAAAUGAAAAAAAAAACAACAGAUUCAAUCAAAUAAUCGUCUUAACUUCAUAUGUGCGGGUUAAACUGGUUCAUAGAUUAAAGCAUAAGCACAACCAUUAAAAUAGUAUAUAACAUAUAUAACAUACGAUGAUAUAUGCACAAAAUACCGAAUAAAUUCAACAUUUCUUAUGUAAGCGAUUUCUAUGUCAGAUGUGCACUUUUACAUAUGUAAGGAUUCUGAAAUUGUAUCGUCAGCAGACUUAUUUCCCAAAUUUAUUUGCAAUAAUUUGUAACCAUAACCCAUUUUUAAUUUCCACUUAUCAAAACUAUUCAAUUCAAAACGAGUACGUGCACAAAAUAUACUUGUAAACACAUAUUCACUGAGAUGGAAUGAGAUGAGAUGAGAUACAGAUACUACCAAUAACAAUUUAAUAGUUACAUUUAAUGGGAUUAUUGCAUAAGACUUAAUGAUUGAUUUCAUUUCGCAUUUUAUAAUAUCGUAUAUUGCAUAUGUAAAUACAUGCGAGUAUAUCCUUAACAAAAAAAGAAAAUGGGGUUAAAACAAUAAAGACAAAAUGAAAACUUAGUGUAAUGGAAACCAACGAUGGAUGGUUCUGAUGAUUUCAUUGGAGAUGAGAUUGAUCGUAUAUUAAUCUAACGUAUAUACUUAAUUCUUAAACGUAAAAUUUGAAUGACAUAGUAAUAGCCCGGUUCCAAUCUGCUGAACAUUCUUUAAUGUAAUUGUGGAGAAUAUUCGACAAUAUUGUAUAAUUACUAACAUAAGUUCAUAUGUUAAAAUUCAUUUGUGUGUAUGUAUAUUCAAAUUAGGUAGUUUUUACGAAUUUUGUUUUGCAGUCGAAUAACAGUAUUAGGAGCCAGGAUUUAAUUGAUUUGGAGACGAGUCGAGGUGUUUAUUUUCAUAAAAACACCCAAACUCUUAGACGAAUAUUAUCACACUUAAUAUGCGAAAUAUUUCUGUAUAUAGUUUAAAUUAAAUAAUAUAAAAUGAAUUUCAUAAGGAUUACAAAAUAAAACCAACGCAAUGUGCAAAUUA